AUGGAAUUUAUAAUGCUUAUUCUGAAAAUAAAAUUUCUUUUUAGUUUAUAUAUCAUGUAUAGAAAUGCAUUUUUCUUUUUUUCUCUAUUUCUGUUUCUCUCUUGAUCAAAACUUCUACUCAGCGGCUCAUACACAUCUCCAGGUACUUAUCAAAUUGAUAUUUCAAAUGACUUAGCCCUUGCCUACAUCUAUAUAGAGCUUUACAAUUACUCCCCAGAAAUCCCUUUACUUUCUGCUAACAUAGGAUCUUCUUCAGAUAUUGUCUGAAACCCUACAAAUUCCAGCUGAAAAUGUGAUGCUUCCUAUAUUGAUUGGAAUUCUUGGAUUUUCAAUAAAACUUAUAGCCAUCUGCUAUUACAGCCUCUUGGGCGCUUAUCAAAAGAAAAAACAGCUUAUAUUACAAUAAGUUUCCAUUCAAAUAUGAAUAUCAUGUAUAAUUUAUAUGUCAACUCAUAUAGUAACAUAUAGUCAGAUAACCCCGUUUGUCCUAACUCUUGCAGCAAUAAUGGGAAGUGCGACCAGGGGAUAUGCAAAUGUGAUGAUGGAUUUGGAGAUGACGACUGUAGCGUGACACUUAUAGAACUGGAACUAAAUAAAGCUUAUGGGGUAAUCGCAAUAAACAAGUAUAAAUAUACAGAAAUUGGCCAUGUUAAAGGAGAAGAUUUAGAAUGCAGAUUUUUUAAGUAUGAUUAUGGAAAUGUGACUGUUUAUUUUAAAAAUUCAGGGGAUGGGAUUAGCAGUUUGCCGACAGCAAAAGAUUAUUCAAAAUUUUGUGAAGUGAAUACUGCUAAUCAGGAGACUGUUUGUGAGUAUUCACUUGCGAAGUAUAAUAGCUCUGACUUUCCCUAUUUAAUAAACUCACUAUUUUUGCUCAUUACUAGCUUUGGGAAUUAUUUCAAAAAAUAUAUGAAAUCUGUCUUAAUAUUUAUUCUUGGAAAAAUCUGUAGGCUUUGCUAGUUUUAUAUGGGAGAAGUAGAUUAUAUUAACGCUUAAGAGUAGUUUUCGGAAUUAAAGAAAAAGCUGAUAUUUUUCUCUCCUUGUUUCAUCCUCAGCCACCUUGUAGAUCUAAUCCAGUGGGCCACAGGCUGCUAUAAGCAUAGAAUAAAUCGAAUUGGGUAACAGUGUCACUCGUCUUGUCUUUCUAACCUGAAAAUUUAGGAAAAAACUCUGGACAAAUCUUGGCCAAAUGGAAACACACCCAGAGCACAGCACUAUCAUUCCGCCGGUUAGUUACUUGAUUGGUCUCGUGGAGUGCUAGGCUCUGCUGGGUGCUCCUUUCGAACUUCCAGUCUCCAUCUUCCCAUGAGGUAAAAAACAGUCUUGGAAAUGAGCUUGGGCUAAGCUCUGAGCACCUAUAAUUGCUUACCUAGCAUAGCUGUCUUCCUUAAGCUGGCAAAAUCGUCGCCAGAUAUAAUUAAAUAAGCACUCGAAGCUUGCUGGAUGGAAGGCAGUCUAUGAUGAGAUGCUAUAUUUAAUUAUAAAUAGAGAGAAGUAAAUGAUAUAUUUCAAUGAUUUUAAAUCAAAUUGAUUCUAGUGCAAUGGUUUCUAUUUUAUGUAGCACAGAAGAAAAGUCAAGAUCGCUAUGAACACUACUAUGGGUUUUAUUAAGCUUAGGAAUCCUUAUAAUUGCAAUUAUAAUUGCUGUAAUUGCCUUUACUCCCCCCCCUCGAAGUUCGACCAAGAUAUAGGGAAAAAUUCCUAUUUUUUUGGAAAAUUAACCCCCCUCAAAGUUCGACCAAGACCUAUAUAAAUUUACUAGGAAAAUAAGCAAUUUUUCAAAAAUUUUAAACUAUGUGGAGGUGAGCUUGCGAUUUUUGUAUUCAAGUUCUAAAAAAGCGUUACAAAACCAUCUUGCACUAUUUUUUCUAACCCUUACACCCUCUCAACCAUACAGAAGAAUAUGAUAAAUUUUUAUUUUUUUAACUACUAAAUUAUAUAAAAAAAAAUUUUCUUAACCCCCCUCGAAGUUCGACCAAAAAAAAUCUUGGUCGAACUUCGAGGGGGGGGAGUUAGAAGACUCAGAAAAAAGAGUCAGGUUGUUCCUAUUAUAGAGCCAAGAGUUCCUGAUCCUAAUGAGAGACAAAAAUUAAAUGAAAAAUUUCCUUGUGUUUCAUAUGAGGAUUUAAAAUUAUUCUAAAUUACAAUAAAUUAGAUAUUAAACAAAUCAUUAAGAAUUUACAAUAAAAUUAAUUAAAAUUGCUAUAUAAAAAACCGAAGAAAAAUGCAGCAUCUGCCAAGAAUCGUUCACUAGCUCUUCCAUAGUCCGAAAGCUUGAAUGCCAACACCUUUUCCAUCAACGCUGCAUUGAUGUUUGGUUCGACACCAGCACAUUCUGCCCUCUCUGCAAAAAAGAUUACAAACCUCUCCUAGACCAAUACGAAAGAACCCACACUAAUGUAUCAGGACUUUCCAUAAAUUUAGAUGUCAGCGAAAGAACUUGGCUUACCCAAUAA